AUGAUAAUUACUUUUGCAUACCUUGUCAAUAGCCAAGUUAAACUUGUGAAAUAAUAAAUAGAAUACAAUAAUACUUCUAAAUGCUUAAAAUGUUUAGAUACUAAUCAUGAACUUAAUAACAUAUCAUAAUGUGUUUGCAAAUCCACUUAUUAUUCUAAUGGCCUCAUCACAUGUGCAAAGUGUUAAGAUCCAUGUGAUGAAUGUGAUAUUAAUAGAUGUAUCAACUGCAUAGAUAUAAAUCAAAUCCUAGAUUCCAAUAAAUAGUGUAUUUAUAAAUCUUUCAUAUACUAAUCUUAAUAAGUCUUGUUAAUUUAUGAUAUUUAGUUGUUAUAGAAAAAAAAGAUACAAUUAAAAAGGAGAAAAUUAUGCUUUAAACUAAUUAAUAAGGAUUUUCAAUAUAUGAUAAUAUUAUCAAAAAUUGAUUAAUAAAUUUUAUAAUAAUAAUAAUGA